CCGGAUCUUUAUAUAAACCACACUAUCCUCCAACAAAGAAGAAAAAAACGUAAGAGACUAUCAUUAACAAAAAAAAUAAAACAACAACCAAAAACAAAAACCUUUUUGAAUUUUUUGUUGGAUAUGGGAUUUUUGCACAAGCUUUGGGAUGAAACGGUUGCAGGUCCCGCGCCCGAAAAUGGUUUUGGGAAAAUGAAUAAUCACAUUUCCGGCGAAAAUGUCACAAGAAAUGGUUACCGGAAGUUGAUGGUGGAUCCGGGUCGUGUCCCAGAUUCUUCUGUCGGAUCAAGCAAUCCUGGUUCUCCUUUAACUCCUGGAACACCAAGUGAAACGCAUGCCACAAGUCUCAAUGCUUGCGAUUGGAUUGUGCUAAACGCAUUAGACCGUUGAGACUUUUGAGAGAUUAAAAGUUUUAUGAAGCAAAGAAGAAGGAAGACAACUAGAAACAUUAUCGACGGACAAAAAGUUUAACGACCGAUAUUGAAACGGGCGGUUAGGAGAAGGGUAAUUACGGUACAUCACACCGGCAAAAUGGUUGUGCAGAGGCACGGGGAUAUUUCCGGUAAUUCUAGAGAAGUAGAUGGCCUUUUCCGUCAAUUAACACAUACUCAUCGGAUUAUGAAGAAAGGGAAAUUACGAGUGAAACCCAUCUUUACCCUAAACCGGGCCGGCAACUUUACCGGUGACGGAAUCUUACCCGGGUCUUCCAAUCACGUCCUUACACGUCGACUCCCCGUAUCGUCUCAGGUUCUUCCACGUGUCUCCCUACUCACCGACGCCGUCUCCUUCCCGUUUCCCCCGAACAGAUAUUAAGCCAAACCCUAACCCUAUCUCUUUUUACGACUUCUGAACCAGAUCCGGCGAAAUCACAUUCAUGGAGGACGAAGAGGAGAUCCGAUCGCACGCUUCGCCGACGGGUUCCGAAUCUCCCGAUCCGUCUUCUUCGCCGCCGGCCGGACGUAUCACGGUAACGGUGGCUUCGACAGGUCCGCCAUCUUAUUCCUUGACACCCCCGGCUUCUUCGUCGCAGAAGGAUCCCGACGCGUUGGCUCUGGCGCUGCUCCCGAUUCAGGCCAGCGGUGGUGUCGGAGGCAGUAGCAGCAACGGUAGACCAACCGGCGGCGGCGGGAGGGAGGAUUGCUGGAGCGAGAGGGCUACGGCUGUGCUGAUUGAUGCGUGGGGGGAGAGGUACUUGGAGCUUAGCAGAGGGAAUCUGAAACAGAAGCACUGGAAAGAGGUGGCGGAGAUCGUAAGCAGCAGGGAGGAUUACGGCAAAAUUCCGAAGACCGAUAUACAGUGCAAAAACAGGAUCGAUACGGUGAAGAAGAAGUAUAAGCAAGAGAAGUUAAGAAUCGCUAACGGCGGUGGCCGCAGCAGAUGGGUGUUCUUCGACAAACUUGAUCGUCUGAUUGGAUCAACGGCUAAGAUCCCGGCGCCACCUCCUGGUAUCGGCGGUGGUGGGAGUCCUGGAGGAGGAGGAGGAUUGCAUAAGAUUCCCAUGGGGAUUCCCAUGGGCAGUCGUUCGAAUAUGUACCAUCAGCAAGCUAAGGCUGCAACGCCGGCCUUCAAUAAUCUUGACCGUCUAAUCGGAGCUACGGCUCGGGUUUCGGCUGCUUCGUUUGGCGGCAGUGGUGGAGGAGGAGGCGGAGCAGGAUCCGUCAAUGUACCUAUGGGAAUUCCGAUGAGCAGUCGUUCACAUCCGUUUGGACAGCAAGGGAGGACGCUGCCACAACAGCCGCAAGGGAGGACGCUGCCUCAGCAACAGCAAGGGAUGAUGGUGAAAAGGUGCAGCGAGUCAAAACGCUGGCGUUUCAAGAAGAGGAAUGCCUCUGAUUCAGACUCGGAAUCCGAAGCAGCAAUGUCAGAUGAUUCCGGUGACAGUUUACCACCUCCGCCUCUGUCGAAGAGGCUGAAGACGGAGGAGAAGAAGAAGCAAGAAGGUGAUGGAGGAGGGAACAAGUGGAGAGAGCUAACCCGUGCAAUCAUGAGAUUCGGUGAGGCAUACGAGGAAACAGAGAAUGCAAAACUGCAACAGGUGGUUGAGAUGGAGAAAGAGAGGAUGAAGUUCUUGAAGGAGCUGGAGUUGCAGAGAAUGCAGUUCUUUGUCAAGACCCAAUUGGAGAUAUCGCAGCUUAAGCAUCAUGGGAGGAGAAUCGGAAACACUAGUAAUGAUCGUCACAACUGCAAGAACAAGAACAACAACAACAACAUCAAUGCAAUUGUCAACAACGAUGUCGGUAACUAGCGUUUAGUGAUUCAGGUGAUACUCUAUAUAUUUUAGAUUUGAGUUUGAAAUUGUUGAAAAAAGAGACUUAUUUUAGGCUUCAUGAGUGUAUUAAUAUUUUGCCAAAUCUUUGUCAACUUUGGUCACAUGGAACAUAUUUAACUUCACUGGAAAGUGCUGAGAUCAUCUUUGCAUAAUAACUUUCUUCAGACUGCUCUGACACAUCGAAUGUGAGGAAUCAUCUGUAGAUAUUGUCUUCUGCAGAUUUUAAAAAACUUCUCUGAAUCUCUUGAGUUAAGAGUGUGUGUUCUGUGAGCUGACAGUGGUUUUUCGAACAUGGCUUUCACAUUCUUCGUGAUACAGUCCGAUCACACUUCUUUUGCAUAUGUUUGGUUAAUAUGACAUUGAAGAUUUGCAUGUGUACCCCUAAAGGCAUAUCAAUCCCCUUUUUCGUAUAUAAUAAUGGUUUUAGCUAGAUUUUCUUGUAUCUGAAGCAUCAACAACCAACCACUUAUGAUUUGCUAUAAAAGUAGAAUGUUAGGCAAAACAACUUUUUGUUUGUGUGUUUAAUUCUUUAUCAUGUUUCCUUUUUGGCGUUUUUAGAUACUAGACGACUUGGCAAUCACUUAGAAGUUCAUCACAUGGAUAUUUCUCAGAAAUUAA